GGCGCAGUGCGCAUGCUCGCGCCCGGGUCAGCGGGUUAGCGCGUUUGACUGGCUGCGAGGCCUCGGCCGCUCGCGGUAAAUGGCGCCGGUGGCGGGAAAGUUGAGUUCCCGGUUCGCCCAGCCUUCGGGGCGAUGUGUAGUGACUUCCGCAGGGCCGAGUCUGGGACGCAGCUUCUUGCCCGACUUGAAGGUAGAAGUUCCUUGAAAGAAAUAGAACCAUGUCUGUUUGCUGAUGAAGAUUCAUCUGUACUUGGUGAUAUUCUUGAAUUUCAUGGUCCAGAGGGAACAGGAAAAACCGAAAUGCUUUAUCAUUUAACAGCACGAUGUAUACUUCCAAAAUCCGAAGGGGGACUGGAAGUAGAAGUCUUAUUUAUUGACACAGAUUACCGCUUUGAUAUGCUCCGGCUGGUUACAAUUCUCGAGCAUAGACUGUCCCAGAGUUGUGAAGAAAUGGUCAAACAGUGCCUGGGAAGGUUGUUUUUGGUGAGCUGCGUUAACAGCACCCAGCUGCUCCUCACGCUGUACUCCCUAGAAACCACGAUUUGUAGCCACCCUUCCCUCUGCCUUUUGAUCUUGGAUAGCCUGUCCGCCUUUUACUGGAUAGACCGCGCCAAUGGAGGAGACAGCGUUAACUUGCAGGAGUGCACCCUGAAGAAAUGCGCUCAGUUCUUAGAGAAACUCGUGAGUGAGUAUCGCUUAGUUCUUUUUGCAACAACACAAAGUCUAAUGCAGAAAACCUCACACUGGACAGAAGGGCCUCCGCCUGCCUUUAACCGUCCAGGUGAAGCAGAUGUGGACUACAGACCCUAUCUCUGUAAGGCAUGGCAACGAGUAGUGAAGCAUAGGAUAUUUUUCUCCAAACAAGAGGAUUUUAAAACCAGCAACCGGUUUUCUUUAGUUUCACGUCAUUUAAAAAGUAACAGUUCAAAAAAGCACAUUUUUAUUAUUGGAGAAAGUGGCGUUGAGUUUUGUUGAUACGUGUCAUACAGUAGUGUUUUUCAGGAUAUCAUGCAAAAUCUAAAAAGUCUUUAAUGGGCUAAAAUGACUCAGUAAUAAAGUUUUAAACUCUGUGAGAAUUAAUAUAAAUGUUUCUACACAGAAUGGAUUCCGCCCCCCCCAGAAUGGAUUUCUUAAACUAGUACAGGAAAACUUUAUUCUGUUCUUGGGAUGUUGAAGAUAAAUCAAAGUGCUGAUAAUAAUUAAACUGUAUAUUUAGUUUGUUUUAAGACUAAAUAAUCUACACAUUGCGGCCUGAAUAAAAUGAACUUUUUUCUAACUUUGUGUCGCAUUUCUGGAAUUUAGUUAAGUACUUAAUUGUUUAGGAAAGUUUAAAUGCAUUUCUGACUUCUAUGUAACUCCUUUCGGAAGCUGUGACUUUGGAAAAUGUUUCUGUAGAGCUGUUAUUUCUGCAAAGGGGAUGAAAACAAGGAGCCUGCCCUUCUGCCUUUUACACCAAAGACUAUGGAAAGCCAGAGCAUUUUGAUCGGAGUUAGAAUGAGUCCAAGAUGAAGUUGCAUUCUGGUUGGGUCUCUGUACAAUUUUUUUUAACACAGGGAAAUAAUAUACCCAUUCAAAGAAUUCUGUGAAGAUUGUUUUUGACAUUUUCAUCUCCUCAUUAAGUGAUAAAGGCUAAAACUGUAGUAGAACUGUAACUAGUAUGUUCUUAGCCAUUUACAAUAGCCCAGCCAUACCAUGCAAUGAGUCAUUAUUUCCAGCUGAGAGCUGGACAGGGCUCUGUGUACUCUGGCCAAGGAAUGGCCAGAAUGGGGAGCAUGCACCUCGAGGGGUACACAAGGUGAUGUAUUAUGGAGAGGAAGAAAAUCUCAACUUGUAUUUUAAUCAAAGAAAAGGUGAAAUUGUAUCGAUAUGUGAUAUUCAGAUUGACGCUGGAGCACUCAUCGAUCUGUGUAUCAGGUGGUCAUCUGUCACAUUCCUCUCUGAAGUAUCCUGUUGGAAAGUGGAAAGAAUUGACUGUGAUGUUUUUGUGGGUGUGUUCAUUUAUAUGUGACCAAUUUAGUUAAAAACCGACUGUAGAUUAACCUGACAAAGAUUCUUUUUAAGGGCUUAGAAAGGAUCCUGCAAAGAAAUUAAGGUUGAAGUUAAUAUUCUUCUCGAUGCAGGGACAACAGAGGUGGCCUCUGCUGUCUGUGUCAUCCCCGUGGACCCUGCGCCGCCUCUAGCUCAUCUGCAGUUUCCAAAACCCUCGGCCUUCUGGAGGUGCCUGCUGGCUGCCCGAGCUUCUGGGCUGCAUGUGGUCCAGGCCGGCAGGCCUUCGCCAGUGAAGGGCAGGGUUUGGUGUGUGAACACGCCAGCUUCCUUACCCCUCCGGUGAGAGGACACUGAAGUUCUUCUCUCAGAGUGGCCCUGGUAGGAUUGGCUCCCACUGCUUACAGCAGCAGUCCGUGCGGCCGCACACUGCAUCCUGCCUUCUGUCCUUCCCGCUCGCUGCACCGCAGGGGGCCUCCGGGACUGCUCCUAAUGAAGGUCAAGUCGUGGUGUAGGAGCUACUUCUGUUGUGGGUCGAGGGAGAACUCUCAGGAGACCAUAAAAAGCUGUCAGACAGUCAGUCCUCCUAGGCCCAGUAUUUGCCCUUCAGCCACACUGUAAAAUUUAAACUGGUAGUGGUCCCAGCGGCGACCCAGUCAAGUUUCACUGGGUCCCAUUUCUGUCAUUCACAUCUCACACCCGUAUGCCCUCAACAGAUCUGAUUUUGCCACUAAUAAACUUGAAAAUAUUUAAGAAUAUGCCCUGUUUUAUCCCUAGUUCAUCCUUUUUCACUUUGUAGUUUUGUGGUUUUUAUUACAAGUUACAUGUAAGUAACUUACAAAUAUUUGUAUGGUGGAGGAACAUGUUCAUUUCCCCUGGAUAAUUGUGUGAUCAGUAAAACUAAGAAUUUCUUGGAGCCCCUGGGUGGCUCAGUAGGUUGAGCGUCUGUCUUGAGCUCAGGUCGUGAUCGCGGAGUUCCAGGGGUCUCCUCCACCUCUACUCCCACCCGCCGCUGCGUUGGGUUCCCUGCUGAGUGGGGACCCUGCUCCCCAUUCCACUUCCACCCGCCAUGGGCAUGUGCACAUGCGCGCACUCUCUCUCUUAAAUAAUAAAAUCUUUAAAAAAAUUA